CGCCGACCACGCCAUUAUCUAAGUGCCUACGGAAAAUUACUGAAUUACUGAGCGACUCUAGACUAAUUUAUAUCAAAAAUUGUCAUCAUCCCUCGGCAGUGAGAAGAGAAAUCCUAACCCAGUUUCCCGAUUGACGAGUCUUAGAGUGAUGGCCUUGGAACAAUUAACUAUGGCCCAAAAUGAACAAUUGAUUUCGACUUUGCUGAAACCUGUUGCAUGCUUUUAUAUUAAGUUCCCGGGAAAUGAUUUCCACCAUGCUAUAUAUAUAGCAGACAGGACAGUAUGUGAAUUGAGGGACCAGAUUUCACGGAAAGCGCAGAUAAAAAUUCACCGCAUCAUCCACGAAAUCCCCGGAGGUCGAAAGAUAUCAGUAGAUGAAGAUUUUGUCCGGCAACUUCCUGAUCGUCAGGUCUUGACAGCGGAGUUUCUUAACGGCGUUGAUAUUGUAUUGCAAUGAGUUGUUGAAGAAGAUAAAAGCAUCUGAAUCUCCCAGUCAAGCUUUUAUUGGUUUUGCUCGAAUUUAAGAGGUGGCUGGAUUCGCUGGGGACUCAAGUUGUUGGGGUUCUAGAUAAAGGAACUUUUACGCAACUUUAAUAAAAGUCACGAUACUGCUCAAGGAUG